CGUAAUGUCAAGUGUCCUCCACCAAAACCUCAAUCAGAGGAGGCUCUUUUUUUUUUUUUAACUAAAUGUAUAAGUUCAUAAACCAAAUUUGUAACUCAAACGAGAUACAAUCCAUCCAAAGAAAAUUAAAAAUAAAAAAAUAAAUAUUUAAGUAGUAGUACAAAGUUAGAAAGAUUUAAAAGUUGAGGGAUAAAUAAAAUUGUAAAAAGGAAAACUAGGGAAUCAUAUUCCUAAAAUAAAAUUAAUAGAGGAAUUAGGAACUGAUUUGGGGGAUGUCAUAAAAUAGAAGCAUAUAAACAAGAGAAUGGAAAAGUCGGAAUUGAGAAAUUGAGAGGCGAAAUACCCAAAGCAAAGCAGCAAAAAAGGUCGUUCUGGUGAAUCAAACUUGGCUGGAAAGUAUCUGCCAAACCAAAUUAAACGACAUAAACUACACUACACAAAAACCCACAAAUUUCUUCUUCUUCAUGCCUUUUUCUUUCUCCAAUUCUUUUCAAAUCUAUAUAUAUAUAUGUAUGUAUGUAUAUAUCUCCUCCUACUUGACCCUUUCUCUGUGUCUCUCUCAAAUAUGGGUUUUGGCCUCCAUUAAACCUGGCCCUUCAACCCUUUGUUGGGUUUUGUUCUAAAUAUGUUGUUUGUUUAUAGGGAAAGAGGAGAACCCAUUAAGUUAUUUCUUCUCCUCUGUCUUUAAUCUUGUAGGGUUUGGGAUUUUGUCUUCUUGUUUUUGCUCUCUAUGGAGUUGUUUUUCAGGUUGUUUUCUGUAAUCUUCAUCGGAAUUUGUUUCUGUUGGUUGUUGCGGAACCUUUUGUUCAGGACGGGAUUGAUUUUCCUUGUCAAAAAAUGGUGGGGAAAUCUAGAAGAUUGUUUCCAUGUUUACCAAUCUUUCAGAAUCCCGGAAUUCAAUGAAACCUCCCAACAGAAUCACCUUUACCGGAAAGUCUCUGCUUAUCUUACUUCUUUAUCCUCUCUCGAGGAUUCCGAUUUCACCAAUCUCAUCACCGGAAACAAGCCUAAUGACAUCAUUCUCCGGCUAGACUCCAAUCAGACGGUUCAGGACAAUUUUCUGGGGGCGAAAGUGUUUUGGACGAAUGAACAAAACGGUUCCAGAAAUUUUGUGUUGAAGAUUAGAAAGGCUGAUAAGCGCCGAAUCCUCCGCCCUUAUCUUCAGCACAUUCAUACCCUAACCGCUGAUGAGAUUGAGCAGAGGAAAGGGGAUUUGAAGCUUUUUAUGAAUUCAAAACCUAAUAAUCAGUCAGAUACAAGAUGGAAAUCGAUUCAAUUCAAACAUCCGUCCACUUUCGAUUCGAUUGCUAUGGAAACAGAUCUCAAAGAAAGGGUCAAAUCCGAUCUCGAAUCGUUUCUCAAAUCUAAACAAUAUUAUCACAGAUUAGGCAGAGUUUGGAAACGGAGUUACCUUCUAUACGGCCCUUCCGGAACUGGAAAAUCCAGCUUCGUUGCGGCCAUGGCGAAUUUUCUCUCUUAUGAUGUAUACGAUAUCGACCUCUUCAAAGUCUCCGAUGACUCUGAUCUCAAGUCUCUUCUUCUACAGACCACAAGCAAGUCAAUAAUCGUCGUCGAGGAUCUCGACCGGUUUCUCAUCGAGAAAUCGUCGGCGUUGAGUCUAUCGGCGCUACUUAACUUCAUGGACGGAAUAUUAACAUCGUGCUGUGCGGAAGAGAGAGUAAUGGUUUUCACCGUCAAUUGCAAAGAACAGGUCGAACCGGCGAUUCUCCGACCGGGCCGUAUCGACGUUCACAUCCAUUUUCCACUCUGUGAUUUCUCCGCUUUCAAGAAUCUCGCAAUCAACUAUCUAGGCGUCAAGGAUCACAAAUUGUUCCCUCAGGUUGAAGAAAUAUUCCAAAACGGCGCCAGUUUGAGCCCGGCCGAGAUCGGCGAACUGAUGAUCGCGAACCGAAACUCGCCUAGUCGAGCGAUUAAAUCGGUCAUCUCGGCGUUGCAGACCGACGGCGACCGGCGGAGAGUCGCCAACAUCGGACGGCGGCUGAGUGACUGCGGGUCGAGGAAGUCCGUCGCCGAAUCCGUCGAAUCGGGCGGCGUAUUUUGCAACGAAAACACUCAGACCGGAAAAGAGUUCAAAAAAUUGUACGGAUUCCUAAGGAUGAAAAGUAACAAAAUAUCUCAAUCGUUCGAUUCGUCUCCUCUGCACAAGGAGAGUUGAUUUUUUACACACGUGGCUGAAUCUCAAUGGACGAGGUAACUUUCUUCCAUGGGGUCGCAUGCACUAUAUCUGUUGGGGGCUUGAUUCUUAGGUCUGUAGAUAGGGAGAUUUAUUAUUAUUCUGUCAAAUUUAUUUUUGUUAUAUUUCUUUUCUACCCUUUUUUGGGUAACAAAUUUGUAUGGAAAAAAAAAAGGUUUUAUUUUGGUCACAGAUCUUUGUGGAAAUUGUAAAUGGUUUACUAUUUUCCUCAUUAAUACAAACAACAGUAGGAAAUAUUUUCAAUCUAUUUCAA